AUAAGAAAAAAAAAAACGUAGGAGUGUCCCCAAAGAUUGCGGCGUCUGAAUGGGUGGCAUAAUGGCGAGGUAGAAUAGAGUGGAGAAAUACGAGUAACGUAAGGGCAUGCCAGCAUCUUGUGUCUCCUAAACACAUCAUUAUUCUCCACUCAUAAUUAUAUUCACUCAAACACACCCUUAUACUUGAAGCAAUACUUAUGAAUUGCCUCUACUCUUCGUGUAUUAUAGCAUCUGAUCCUCUUAAACUUCACUAAAUCUAAUUAACCUAUAUCUUCUGUUAACACAUAUAUAUGUAUGAUCCAGUUUUCACAACUAUCUUCCAUUCAUCAAGUUUAUACGCUGCAAAUUUAUCUUCCAUCAUCCAUCUCCUGCUAUUGAGCCCAAUAUUGAAAAGUUGACCUCUUUUGGAACAAUUGCCGGACAAGCUAAGGAAAAUGAUGAUGCAGUGGUGAUAGAAAUGGCUUCUUUAGCAGAGGAAAUCCCUGUAGGUUUUCAUGGUAAACUAGAUGCAGUUUCAGAUCCUGCCGGAAAACUUCAAAAUGCUGAAGAAGUUAGAUUAGUGCCAAUGCAUCAUGAACAAGAAGAUCCAAGAAUGAAUGAGAAACUUCCAGACUUGAAGAAAGAUUCUAAAAUCUCCGAGGGAGUUAGCACGAAAACCUCCUUUCUCAACUACAAUGACAUGCUCAAGAAAAUGUUGGCCAUAGAUGAUAUUCAUGGCGGCGCUUUUGACAUGGCAGCAGGGAAUGGAGUUUGUGAUGAAGCAUUAUCCAAAAAUGGGAUUACAGCUCUGUUGCCUGCCAUUCAUUUGAAAAUGGAAGAAAGCGAGAGAAGGUUCGGCAAUGGCGAUCAUCAAACAUGGAAUCUGCAGAUUGGGAGGAGUACUGGGAAAUCUCCAAGCUUCGAUUUUGGAGUUCCCUUUGAUGCUGCAAGUGCAAAGGCUUCAUCAGGGUUUGAUGAAACGCCAUUAUUGCUUCAUCCUUUCCGCAAGACGCCGGUUAGAAGCUUAUCCAUUAAUGACUUCCAGGACAGGAUCAUCCGAACCAGAUAUGGCCGGAACUCAGUAGACUACGACGCCAAAUCUGAAGCUCCAUUUCUGAACAACAAUAAUGGGAAUGAUGAGAAAACGCAGGAGAGUUUUGGUUCUGAUGAUAUGGAUUAUUGGGCUGCAGAGACAAAGUUGAAAGGAAAUGGAAAGCCAAAGGCAAAGGCCUUCUUCAGCGCAUGCAUAUGCUGCAUUGCAUCAACCGAAUGAAAUUAUUAAAUUAAAACAACUGUGAAACCUUAAUUUCAAUUCUUAAUUGUUUUGUCAUCUUCCUGUUCUACAUAUAUUAUUGAUGUUGUAAUAUUUGGUUCUGUUUGUUCUACAUAUAUUAUUGAUGUUGUAAUA